CACAAUAAGAGUCCCCUCUGUGGAAAGAAUAAAGGCUGGAUGUGUAGAGAAACAGAGUAAGACUGAUCUGGAUCAAUCCAUUCAUUAAAGAACCUGAACCAUUUUCUAUCCACCUCUGUUGGUUCACUAAUCCUUUCAGUCUCCGAGUGGAGCCGAUCAGCAGCGGCCAGAUGCGGUGCCGGGAGGACUCGAUUUCCUACCUGAGCUGGGCUCUGGUCUCCGGGGGCGUGGUCUACCUGUGGCACCAGACCCGGCGCCACACGCAGUACGGCCGCUACGUGCCGGCGGAGGGCCGCUGCUGUCCGGCCCGGUUGGCCUGGUUCCUGCAGGAAGUCCCGGCCUUCCUGCUGCCGCUGUUGCUGCUGCUGCUCACCGACGGGCCGGACACCGGAGCCGGGACCGGGACCGGGACGACGCUGCUGCUCUGCACCUUCAUGCUGCACUACUUCCACAGGAGUUUUAUCUACGCCCUCCUGACCAGAGGACGACCCGUCCCCCUGGUAAUCAUUGUCUGUGCCGCCAUCUUCUGCUCGCUCAACGGCUUCUUGCAGGGACACCACCUGCUGCACUGUGCCCAGUUUGAACACACCUGGCCGGAGCACGCUCGCCUGGCUGCAGGUUUCCUUCUGUUUGCUGUUGGUAUGAUCAUCAACAUCCACAGUGACCACAUCCUGCGCAGCCUGAGAAAACCUGGAGAGAUCAUCUACAGGAUCCCCCGAGGGGGGAUGUUUGAGUUUGUGUCUGGUGCAAACUUCUUUGGGGAGAUCGUGGAGUGGUGUGGUUACGCUGUGGCGGUGUGGUCUUUACCAACCUUCGCCUUCGCCUUCUUCACAGUCUGCUCCAUCGGUCCCAGGGCCUACCAGCACCACAGAGACUACCUGCAGAGGUUUGAGGAUUACCCUCGCUCCAGGAAAGCUCUGAUUCCUUUCAUCCUGUGACGACAGGAGAGACAAACCGUUACACGUCCAUCAGCCUCAUCACAGCACAGCUGACACAUGAAUGAAGAAAGACAUGAAGUAUCCAGAUCCUUGACUGGAGUGAAAAUACUCCAUUACACGGUUCUGCAUUGGAACUGUCACUUCAGUAAAAGUUAAAUGGAGGAAACGUUCUCUGAGGAACCAGAACUGACAGAUCAACCUCACCACGACUCUUUAUUUUAAUUUAAGAGAAGCAGCAAAUCUUCAUCAUAACAGAUACUUAAGCAACUAGUUUACCUUUCUGUCAACUGACUAAUCAAUUAAUCAACUGAUCAGCUUUAGUCUCAUCUUACUGGGUUUUACAUGUAUAUUAUCUAAACUUUUUCAUGUCUAAGUCUGUUGAUGCUGCUGGAACUGUGAAUUUCCUGUGCGGAUUAAUAAAGUAUCUAUCUGUCUAUC